AGGGCAGAGGAGCAAGGGGAGGAAGAGGCAGAGGUCGUGGAGGCCGUGGUGGUCGUGGAAGCGAAGCGGCAUGCAUGAAAGGUGGAGACUACGAGACGGGCCCGAGUGAAGAUCGAUACCCGGGCCAAUUCUUCUUUGUCUCCACGCAAGCGGCAGCUGCAGCAGGAGGUGUGGAAGGCUUUGAGGAGCCAGCUACUGUGGGAAAGGUCACCCUUCACUCUCUGGACUUUUGGGUGAUCGAUAGCGGCGCCACCUAUAGCAUGACACCUCGUGCGGACUUGCUCACCGAACUCGAACCGUCGCCGGUCAAGCAUGUCACAUCGGCUUUGGGGCAGCGAGCAGAGGUGAAAGGCAUGGGCAAGGCCAUGUUCAAGGGUGCUGAUGGGAAGAUGGUGGGCCUCAAGAACGUGCUUUGGGUGCCCAACCUUGCAGCCAACCUGAUUUCUGUGCGGCGUUUGCAAAAGGCCGGCAUGGACACAUCUUCCAAGGGAUCCAAAACUUAUACCGCGCGGCUUGGUGAGCGGAAGCUUUGGGACCUUCAUGAGGACAGGGACAUCUAAAUGAGAUGUGGCAAAUCCCAGUGGUCCCAUGCCUAAGGAGAGGCAAGUGGCAGCAAGCAUCAGCACCAAGAGUGAAGCGGUUGGUGGCGGUGAUCACGGAAAGCAAAGUGACACCAAGAGUGACUCGAACGAGUGCAAUCUUGGAGAGACCAGCAAGGCAUGUGAAUCCAAGGAGAGUGGUGCAGCAGCCAAAGGUGGUGGAAAUGAGGAGGAGAAUCCUAAGAUCAGCAAAGCAGCAGCGGCGAAGGAGAAAGGAGAGAGCUUGUGGGGCACAAUUGCGAGUGCCGCUUUCUCCAACCCGACCUCCGCUACGGGAGAGUGUGAUUGGCUGACCUUGCA